AUGUUUCACACACUAACGAUUAUCGCGUUAUUAGUAGCUAACGUUUGUGGUGGAAUAAUUGGAAGUCUACCCCUUCCGGCCCAGCCGAUUUUCGGAGGCACUGAUGCCAAGGAGGGUGCUGCACCUUAUCAGGUUUCGUUACAACAUAUAGGCCAACACUUUUGCGGUGGAUCGAUCAUUGCUGAUCGAUGGAUACUGACUACUAGGCUUUGUAUAGAAAACACAAUACCAUGCUGCAUAAGUGUCCUCGUUGGGACGAAUGACAAGCAAAGUGGUGGCUCUAGAUACGAUGUUGAUCGUAUACUUCCUUACGGCAGCUGGAACGCAUCGAUCGAGAAGAACGACAUUGCAUUGGUACGCUUAUCAACGCCGCUAAAAAUUAGCGAACGGGUAAAAAUAAUUAAAUACUCCACGGCAGCAUUUAUUCCCGAUAAUGCUACCCUUACCGUCACUGGCUGGGGACAAGUUGAUGCAGUCAAGUUCACAAAUCAGCUUCAAACUCUCGAUCUGCAGCAUGUUGCUCUCGACCGCUGUAGAGCCAUUUAUGUUAAAGAAGGUGCAAGAAAUUCGACAUUGGUUAGCGAGGCAAAUCUGUGCACUGCUACCCGUAGGAAGAGUCAAGCACUGUGUAGUGAUGAUGCUGGUAGUCCGGUAAUAUGGAAGGGAGAACAGGUCGCCAUAGUUAGCCGGUUGCUAAAACAAGCUUGCACUCCGGAAAUUCCUCACAUUCAUACACGCGUUUCGUUCUAUCACGAUUGGAUACAGAAGACGAUUGCUAACAACAGUGAUUGA